AUGGGUGCUGCGAGGGUAACUGGUCUUAAAUGGACUGUUCCCCCGGCCGCCCUAGCUGCAUAUACUGCGGGGGAAUGGUCUCACCCCAGAGCGAAAGCGCGCUUCAGCACUUCUAGACCUCAAUCAACAAACGAGUCCAAGUCCAAUGCACCUUCAGACGACCAAGAAAAGGACUAUGGCUCUAUCUGGAAUAACAUUGUGCAUAAGCUCGAUGGCGUCAAGCACACUGUUGGCUCUGCCGAAUGGGUAGACGUCGGUAGCAUUACCAACCUCAUCAUUCCGGACUGGGCACGGUUCAUUCCAGCUACAGCGCAAAAGCUCCAGCGAGAGCUGUCCCUAUCUCCUGGGUCAUUGGCAGAUGACAUAUGGAAAGAGGCGCAAGAUCCGGAUGUCAAUCCUGAAAUCUUGCAGGAUGCCACGGUACGCGUUAGUGGUGACCUCUGUGACGAGGAGCAGACGUUUAGGCGUCAUCGACAAAAGAGAGUUGUGAAGGCAUUGGCGUCAUACCUCGGUAUUGCUGAGGAGGACAUCCACCCUGAUGAUGUCCCGGUCAUUGCCAUGUGUGGCUCGGGCGGUGGCCUGCGUGCACUGGUUGCGGGUACGGGCUCGUACCUAGCUGCACAGGAAGCAGGGCUAUGGGACUGUAUCACUUACACUGCCGGUGUCAGCGGCAGCUGCUGGCUGCAGACUUUGUACCACUCGUCCAUCGCGCAUCGUGAUUUCAACAAGCUGGUCAACCAUUUGAAGAAUCGGCUUGGUGUUCAUAUUGCAUUCCCGCCUGCAGCUCUCAAUCUGCUGACAACUGCCCCGACAAACAAGUACCUUCUUAGUGGGUUUGUGGAGAAGUUGAAAGGCGACCCUGGAGCAGACUUUGGGCUGGUAGAUAUCUACGGGUUGUUACUUGCAGCGAGACUUUUGGUACCGAGAGGAGAGCUUGGGGUCUCGGAUCGAGAUUUCAAGCUUUCCAACCAAAGAGUGAAUCUAAUGGACGGUGCCCAUCCACUUCCCAUCUACACGGCAGUCCGCCAUGAGAUUCCCGUUCUCGAUCAAGAAACCAACAAGGACGAAAAGAAGCCCACCCGCGAGCAGCUGGUGAAGAAAUCCCGAAGCGAAGCCUGGUUUCAGUGGUUCGAGUUUACUCCCUAUGAAUUCUUCUGUGAAGAACUCAAUGCCGGUAUUCCUACCUGGGCACUCGGUCGACACUUCAAAGAAGGUCACUCACAGGCUUCUUCUGAAUAUCUCCCUAUUCCCGAGCUGAGAAUUCCCGGGCUGAUGGGUGUUUGGGGUAGCGCUUUCUGUGCGACUUUGUCCCAUUACUACAAAGAGAUCCGGCCCCUGGUCAAGGGGCUUGCUGGGUUUGGUGGUGUCGAUUCUCUCAUCCAGGGCAAGAACCAAGAUCUGAUCAAAGUGCACCCAAUUGAUCCUGCAGGCAUACCGAAUUAUGUCAUGGGCAUGAAAGAUAAGCUACCCGAUUCCUGUCCUGAAUCCAUCUUCCGGAACGACCACUUGCGUCUUAUGGACGCAGGCAUGAGCAAUAACCUCCCAAUCUACCCACUUUUGCGCCCUGGGCGUGAUGUCGAUGUCAUUAUCGCAUUCGAUGCAUCUGCAGAUAUCAAACAAGAAAACUGGCUUUCUGUCGUGGACGGAUACGCGAAACAACGUGGUAUCAAAGGCUGGCCCGUCGGCGCCGGCUGGCCCAGAGCAAAUUCAAGCAUUGAGGAUACCGAGAACGCCCUGCGCGAGCCCCAGAACAUCACCGAUGAUCAAGCAAGCAAAAAGCUCAACGAAGCCAUAAAGCAUGGCUCGAAAAAGUCAGCUUCCGAUCAAAAGGCCAGCGACAGUACGGACCUGGGCUACUGCAACGUUUGGGUCGGUACCACUGAAGAACGCACCUCAAAUGAGGAGCCUCCACCAUCGAAACGACUGUUUAAUCCUUCCCACAGUGAAGACCACUCCGAAUCGGAAUUCCACCUUAUGCGCCCAGACGCCGGUGUCGCCGUCGUCUACUUCCCCCUACUUCCAAACCCAGACGCACCAGACGUUCCACCCAAGCCUCAAGUUCGUCCCCGUGCAGCAGCCCAGUCUAUGAGACAGGAUGCUUCCCAAACCAAAGAUCCUGAACAGCCGCUCGCCCCCAAACCCAGUUCAAUUGAUCCCGAGGUUGAUGAUUUCUUGUCUACAUGGAACUUCAUCUAUACGCCUGAACAAAUUGACUCGGUGGUUGGUCUUGCUAGGGCCAACUUUUCUCACGGCGAGGAGCAGACCCGUCGUGUUAUCCGCGCUGUCUACGAGCGUAAGAAAACCGAUCGGUUGAAUAAGGAGGCGCAGGAGCAUCGAAAGAAGAUGGAGGGCUUUGUACCUCUGUGA